AUGGGGGAAUGUGUAAGGUCUGAAGCAGAUCAUCAGCGAAGGAAAAGUGAAAUGGCGGUGUUAAAAAUGUCGAAGCCUUCUCCCUCCAGCAAGGAAGGAAGUAGUGAUCAAUUGAGAGACAGGCCGAAGCACUCGAAGAAAAGUGAUGCCUUCAGGUACAUUUCAAAGCAGAAAGAUAUCAACCAGAUAGAAUCUGGGCCUGAGGAUGUCUUGCAAGAGGUCAUCGAGGUUGGUUAUCGCCGCAUGGGGAAUCUGGAGCAGAACUUGGGAAAUAUAACUGCAACCUCAAUAAAAGAUCUAACUGCAACCUCAGCAACCUUGUUGCAUCAGCUGAGAUACCUGUGGAAGAGCCCUAGGGGGGCAGUGGUCCGUAUCGAGGCCUUGGCGUUGGUGGCCAUUGCCCUCUCCUUCCUCCUUGCUGCCUUAGGGUCCUGCCGUCGCUGGUCCAGUCACUGGAUCGUCCAAAAGGGCGUCCUGGCUGCAAAUGUGUUAUCUCUGUCCCUGGGGACAUACAGCAUUGGCCUAAUGCAAUCAUCGUCGGUGAAGAGCGAGAUGUACCCCAUCUGGGCUGUCUCCAUGCUCACCCUCUUUGGCUGCGUCAACUCAAUUACACCCUACGGCCUUGGGUACAGCCAGCUCUGGAAGAUUCUAUAUCAGCUUUGUCUCUACUGUGGCUAUGUGAUGCUGAUUAGUAUCUCGACCAUCUCCAGUGAUGUUGGUUACAUAGCCAUAGGCGUGCUGUCUGCCAUCACUUUCGUCAAGGGCUUUCAUAGGUCACUAGCGCUUGUGCUGCCAAGCAUGCAGCGGGAUAUGAUCAAAAUGAUUGCAGAGGUUAUGUCAGCGGAGGUUAUAGGUUAUUCAGGAAGAACUGAUGAUCCGGAUCAACUAAAUGGUCCAGACCUUAUCGGGUACCGCUAUGUCGUCCAUUGGCCCCUUGACAAGAGCAAGGCAAAAUUCCUUCCAACAGCAUCAUCGCCUGACGACGUCAUCACCAUAGACAAGAUAAUGCAAUGCAAUGAAGUCCGUUUCUUGAGUGAUGUGUGCCUGUCCCUCUCUCUGUCUCAUUUGUUGCAGCGGCGCUUCUAUAGGCUGCACUGGGCUGAAUCGAAGCAUUGGGUGGCCCGCAAAUUCGUCUUGGAAGGGCUUCUGCUGAGCAGGGAUGGGAACAUCGACUAUCAGAGGGCGUUUAAGGUGAUUGCGGUUGAGUUGGCUUUCCUUUAUGAUACCUUUUUCAGCAGUAAUGCAUUCCUUCAUUAUUAUGAAUCAAAAGGUGCGACUAUUUGGGCAUUAGCUUCAAUCGUGGGGAUAUUUUUUGUUGGAGUAGUGGCUGUCAUACCUGGGACGAGGAGUACUCGUACUCCCGGUGGCACCAUUGUUGUGGACACCACCAUGCCAGACCUUAUCAUUACUCUAGUCAUACUGGUGUCCCUUGCUUUGCUGCAAUUUUGGCAUUUGAUACGCUGUUGGUCGUCAAAUUGGGCCAGAGUUGCAUUUGCCUGUGAUUACAUCAAGAACGGUAAGCAGCUAAGCCGUUGGAUGAGGUUACGACGUUGGAUUUUAGGAAGGAUUGAGUGUGACAGCAAUUACCUUUGGCAAAAUAAGCUUGGGCAAUAUUCAUUGAUUGAAUCAAUCAGCACGAGAGAGUGUAAGUUGUUCAGCGCGCUCGGGGGCUGUCUUUACCAAACAUAUUUCCAGCUUUUAGGGAUUCUUGGAUUGCAGUACAUUGAACAGGUGUUCCGGGAAAUGUGGGGCAUCAAGACAGGGGAUGCCGUUGAGCUGAGUGCCGAUGUGAAGACGGCCAUUGUUGAUUUUCUUAUAAGAAGCGAAGGUAAACUACAUGAUUGGCCAUCGUCGUUGGACAGAGAUGGAUGGUCCGUCGAUUAUCGUUUUCUUUUUUUCCCUGACCACGUUGUCACUAUUCUGAGGUGGCAUGUUGCGACGUGUUACUGUGAACUAGUGAUGCACCAGGAGGGAUUCUCCAUUCAGGACGAGGAUGUUGAGGAGAUCGCAAAGAAGAAUCAUGGCGUGGCCACCACUCUGUCCAAAUAUUGCGCAUACUUGAUGGUUUCCGCGCCACGGCUACUCAAUAGAAAAGACCUGGGAACUAAAUCUGUGUAUGAAGAAGUGCUUCUUGCGGCAAGGGUAUCUUUGCAUGGGGUGAACGACAAAUUGGAGGCAAUGAGAAGGUUAGGGCAAGAUGACGAAAGUGAGGGAGCCCAAAUCCUUCGGCAGGGUGUGGCGUUUGGGAAGCGCCUGGAAAAGAUGCCUAAUCGUUGGAAGGUGCUAGCAGAUUUCUGGGUCGGGGCCUUGGUCUAUGCCGCGCCAUCCGACAAUGCGGAGGAGCACAUAGAGUGCCUCGACAAGGGUGGCGAGUUCAUCACCCACGUGUGGGCUUUGCUGUCUCACGCCGGCAUCCUAAAGUGGAAAGGUGGAUCAACAGAUUAUGAUGAAUCACCAGAUGAAUUGGGUGGAUCAGCAGAUGAUAGUGAAUCAGAAGAUGAAUUAGAUGAAUCAGCAGAUGAUAGUGAAUCAGAAGAUGAAUUAGAUGGAUCAGCAGCUGAUGAUAAAUCAAGCAUCUGAUGAUGAUGGAUCAGCAGCUAAUGAUGAAUCAGCAGAUGGAGGUGGCUCCUCUGAAGAUUAGGUGGCGGUGAAGUCGCUGAAGACUGCUAUAUGAAUUUCUGCAACAAUAGGCCUUGUGAAUGAGAAAGCCUGGACUAGUCUAUCGAUGCUUUAUUUCCUUUGCUGGUUUGAUAGGGCGGUCUGACCGUGCUUCCUAUAUCUACUUUUCAAUUCUCGUACUAUUG